AACCUUUGUGCCGUCCAAGUCAAGUAACACACACUAUCUUUUCUUAAACAUCUUGAAACUUUAUUGCUGUAAGCAACAGAUUUCACCAUUACACAAGGCUCUCCUAACCUUGAACCUUUUCAUUCUCCGAGCCCCAUCCAUCUUAGAACCUCUCCGAGACAUGUCACUCCGCCCAAGGCAACUGCUAGCAUCUCCCUCCACAAAUGUUGAUGACAAUGCCAAGGAAAUUCCAGCACAGCCUUUGCCACAACGCGCGAUAUCCCAGAGCCUAACAAGCAUGGCACAUUUAGCCAACCUUCUUCCCACCGGCACCGUUUUGGCUUUCCAACUACUUGUCCCUGUCUUCACCAACAAAAGCUCCUGUGACUCCACCACUCGCCCCGCCACCUUCUUCCUCCUCGUCUUCCUGGCUGCCUCCUGCAUCCUAGCCACUUUCACUGACAGCUUCAGGUCAGCUGAGGGACGCGUUUUCUAUGGCUUCGCGACGUUUAAAGGAAUGUGGCUGUUUGAUUACCCCGCUGCACAGAGGUCAGGGACCCCUGACCUCAGGAAAUACAGGUUGAGAAGUAUUGAUUGGAUUCAUGCCAUGCUGUCUGUGCUGGUGUUUGUGGCUGUGGCUUUCAAGGAUAAAAACGUUUUGAAUUGCUUUUACCCAGUUCCAGGCCAUGGAACGCAGGAGGUAUUGAAUAUAGUUCCUGUAGGAAUUGGGGUCAUUUGCAGCAUGCUAUUUGUAGUAUUUCCUACUAGCAGACAUGGUAUUGGUUACCCAGUUUCCACAUAAUGGUAGAACAAUAACUGGAUUUCGAUACACAUCAUCCUAGAAAUCUUUAUUUAGAACAUAAUACAUAUUAACUUU